UAUUUUAAAAUGUUUAAAAGUGUAGUUUGUGUUAGAUUUUUUAUUGCUAAAGCUUUUUUAUUUAAGAUUUCUACAAGUCCACAAGAGAAUCUAAAAAAUAAUUCUAAAAUCUGCAACUUUUAGCUGAAAGUUUAUUUUGAAAGAAGAACAAAAAGGAAAAAAAGAUGUAUAUCAUUAAACUACUUCUUCUGUGCGUGUUUACUGUUACCACGGAGACAACAUUUUACGAUAAAUAUGAAAAACGGGUUUAUGAUUUAAUGGUCGCGGAUGAGAGAGUUUACGAUGAUACGCAUGAACGAUUUAAUGAGAAUGAAGUCACAGGUGACCGUGUAUGGAAAAGAGAUAUAGAGCCUUAUAGUGGGGGUGGGGGUGGAAGUGAUUUAACACAAGAUCAACUCACAAUAGCAGAGAUACUUGCUAUCGUAAUAUGUAGUGUUGUUGGGGUGGGAAUAUUUGCCUUUGUUGGAUCAUGUGUUUGGUACAAGGUACACAGAACAUCCUCUGCCCAGUCCUUUAUACAAAUCACAACAGAUGCCGAUGACAGUACAUUACAUAUGGUGGAUUAUGAUGAUAUACAAAUCGAACAUGGGAAACUUAACAUGAAAGUUUCAGAGGGAGACAUACCUUCUGAUCACGAUGUAUAGUAUUUUUAUGAAUUUGCCACCAAACUAUGUGUUUAAUGUACUUUGUUUUGUGAAAAUAUUUUAGUGUACAAAACUUAUUUCAACUGUUAUUAAAAUAUACUUUGGUAAACAAUGUUUUAAUUUUUGUCUGUUAUUACUACUGUUGCUAAAAAUUACUUUGUGUACUUUCAUUUGGUAUCUGAACUGUUUCUAAAAAACUUUUAAGUUCUACUGUAAAUAAAUGUUUGUCUUACUUGC